AUGGAUGAUUAUGACAUCCGAUCCGCAGCGAGCAUCUUGGCUUCUGUGAAAGAACAGGAGGCUCGCUUUGAGCGGCUUACCCGGGCCCUGGAAGAAGAACGUCGGAAUGUGUCUCUGCAACUCGAGCGGGCCAACCAGCCCUCGGAUCGCAUAAACGCCUGCAACAUCGGCAGUGGGCAGCCCUUAGCAACGGCUUGGCAGCAGCUGGUUCUGCAGGAGCAAAGUCCCAGCAACCAGACUUCCAUAGCCAUGAUGCAAGAGCCUCAAGAGAUGGUGGAGGAGACCGUGACCGUCGAAGAAGAUCCUGGCACCCCCACAUCUCAUGUUUCUAUUGUGACUUCAGAAGACGGGACCACCAGGAGGACGGAGACGAAGGUAACCAAAAUGGUCAAGACCGUCACGACUAGAACGGUGCGCCAGGUCCCCCUUGGUCCCGAUGGCCUCCCUACGAUGGACGGGUCAUCCCCCAUGGGUAGUUAUACCGACUCCAUCGACAGAAGGCAAGUCAAGAACGGCGAGCGAUACAUCACCCCCCAGGCCUCGUCCACCUUGAACCGCUCUUAUAACAGCUACAACGAUUCCUAUCCAGAGGGUCACGAUGGCCAGUAUCGUUCCUUCGUAAGCCACAACGGUUACGGCGACCUGCCAGACAAUUACGGAAGCUUGUCCCGGAGUGUCAAUUACCGCCCACAUUACGCCUACGCACCUGGGAACAAUUACCGGCCCGAGGAUGGGAGCUUCACUUUGCCAAGCAGGAGGGAUAACUAUGGACCGCUGGCCCAACCGCAGGUGCCAACGGGCAGUAACGCGGACUUGAACCGCUCCCAGCCGGAACGGUUCCAACCUGAGCCGUACGGGCUGGAGGACGAUAACCGCAGCCUCGGAAUUGACGACGAAGGGUAUGAACUCGAUCCAGAGUACUCGACGGUGAAUCGGAGGACGUCGGCUGGGCUCCCCGAGAGAGGGAGACCCCACAAGGGAAGGAGUUACGAGGAUCCCAUCGAGAGCGAAAUCGUCAAUGAGCGGAUCCCGUACUUGCAUGGCAGCUACGCGGCGCCUUUGGCGCAGCCCGAAAGGGGCAGCAUGGCCAGCAUCGACCGCCUGGGCAAGCGCUCCCCCUCCAUUGACAGCAUCCGCAAAGACCCCCGGUGGCGCGACCCGGAUCUGCCCGAAGUCAUCGCCAUGCUCAGCCACCCCAUCGAUCCCGUGAAAUCGAACGCCGCAGCCUACCUCCAGCACCUCUGCUACGAGAACGAUAAGAUCAAGAAGGACGUGAGGCAUCUCAAGGGCAUUCCCAUCCUGGUGGGUCUGCUGGACCAUCCUAAGCCUGAGGUCCACCGCAAAGCAUGCGGGGCCCUCCGGAACAUAUCCUACGGGAAGGACAAUGAGAACAAAGUGGCCAUCAAGAACUGUGAUGGGAUCCCGGCUUUGAUCAGGUUGUUGCGCAAGACGAAUGAUAUGGAAGUACGAGAACUCAUUACAGGUCAGUUGCUUCUCUCUUUGACCAGUUUCCAACCAUUGUUUCUUCUGGGUGUGUACAAGCUGGAUUGGAGUUACGAGGAUCCCAUCGAGAGCGAAAUCGUCAACGAGCGGAUCCCGUACUUGCAUGGCAGCUACGCGGCGCCUUUGGCGCAGCCCGAAAGGGGCAGCAUGGCCAGCAUCGACCGCCUGGGCAAGCGCUCCCCCUCCAUUGACAGCAUCCGCAAAGACCCCCGAUGGCGCGACCCGGAUCUGCCCGAAGUCAUCGCCAUGCUCAGCCACCCCAUCGAUCCCGUGAAAUCGAACGCCGCAGCCUACCUCCAGCACCUCUGCUACGAGAACGAUAAGAUCAAGAAGGACGUGAGGCAUCUCAAGGGCAUUCCCAUCCUG